AUGCCGACAAUUGAUUUUAACCGACCUGAGACAACUAUUUUCUUGCUUCAGAUGAGUAUGCAAGCCGGCCCCUAUGGUGCUGUCCAAGUCGAAAGGCCUACGCAUCGACGGCUUUUGAAGACGGAAUUCGGCCAGCAGAUGUUGACCAGCCUCACACAAUGUGUUUCAAGAAUAAAAGAAAGUUGGGAGUCCCAUACAUCCUUGUGUUCGUUUACGCUACUCACAACCCGACUACAAACCCUGGCCGAUCUUUCUUUGUCGGUUCCGAUUCAGGAGCUGCUUUCCACUUGCCGCAAGAUAUCCUAUAGCUGGCUUCUCCGUCUUGUCGAGAAGGUACAGGAAACAAAGGACGAUGCUCAACGGGCUGAGUUCUUGAAUAUCGUCGUCCAUGUCGCCUUGAUCUGCGCUGAAUCUUUCAACACAGACGACGAGGUGCUAUCCCAAAUCCUAGCAGAUUCAAGACAGGCAGCGAUACUCGUUGAGGUUUCAAUCAUCAUUUACAGCAACUCUAGCUUGACGAACAACAAAGAUGACCAUCUCCAAAGUAUCAUGUUUGAUAGAUUUUUGCACACUAUGCAUCGCGCUUGUCCAAUCUUGGUUCGGGAGGCUGUCGACCAUAACAAUGACUGUCUGGAUAUAGCUAUCAAAAGCCGAUGGCCUACCUUUUACCGAUCAUCAAAAUGGAUGCUUUCCCCGUCAUCUUUUUAUUGGAUGAAAACAACUUCUAAUCACUUGCAAGUUCAUCUCAGCGCACUCACAGGUGAACUUUUAGUGGAUGGCUGCCCUUUAUCACGCCUGCCGCGUGAGUAUACACGCCAUGAAAACUACCAGAGGCUGUUUGGUUCUAUGAUCUUAGAUGUUGCACCAAGCAAUGUGCCAGGCAUGUGCUUUUGUGCUACCAAGAUGUUUAGCGGUUAUAAAGUCCACUUCGGUAUGCAGGACUUUUCGGGUGAUCAGACACGUCGCGAUCUCUUGGUCCAGUUGCACAAGGGUAGCUCGAUUCUGGAUCUGAUUCCUUCAAGAACCAUGAGGGAUCUACUGCCGCACCACUUCGUCGACAAUUUUGUCCAUUGGUAUAAUCGCACGACUGAAACCAUUGAGUUUUGUGACAUUGGCGAUGUUUGGGUCAUAAAUAAGCCGGCCAACUGGUAUUUCAGGCGCGAUGGUAGUGGUUGGAAGCUCGACCAUUGCACCAACGUAAUCCUCAUGCCUCCUUCAAGUCAACUAGCUCAGGCUAUCGCAACGAUCAUGUCACCUAUUGAAGCACCUCUACGGAUUCACAUUUUGUAUAGUGUCCAAGAGAAAGUCCUUGACAUUCGGAUUCCCGGCCUACAGCUACAGUUCUUUUCGAAACCUGGUGAAUCGAUUAUCCGGUCUAGACAGUUUCGAAAUAUGAAAAUUGACACCGACCAAUCUCUGGGGACUCUGAUCGGGCUUGCAAGUAAGCUCAUACUCCGAGAUAUUAAGGAUUCAUCAAUUAGAACAGUGAUAAUCCCAGAGGGCAAGGUCGAGCAUGGACCAACAGCACAGGGAUGUAUGGAGGAUCACGUCCGUGUCACGAUUGUUCAUGGAACUGCUCAUCGGGUACAAGCAUACAAGAUCGAUAACGUCCUCCGACGGCUCGUGGCCGACGAUAAGAUGGAGACAAGAUUGCUUCUAGCAUACAUUCAUGCCCUUACAUCCUUCUUUAUUCCAGACCAUCUUCUUCAUCGGACAGGAGCUGAGGAAGCGCUGAGAAUUCUUUCAUCUGCCCAGAUUCAAGCACCUUGCGUGUUGUCCAACAGUGCUCAUGAGAGACUAAGCCUGAUAAGUAGACUAUCCCCAGAUCGCUCAUUCUAUCCAUCCCACAAGAGAGUGAUGCAAACUGCCGAAUGGUCUCCAAGUUUGAGCUACGUAUCUCAGGAUGGUCGCUUCCACACACUCACCCAGCAAAUUCUUACAAACUCUCACGAACUAAGUUUCCUUCAUCCCGGAUAUGAAGUUACAGAUCUUCCUAGAAAUAUUUCGGCCGACUUGGUCGAGCGAGCUAUCAACAGAAGCGCUCGCGAUCGUGUUGCAGGCUUUGGGGCUGAGGAAUUUACUUCAAUGCAUGAUACUGUUUAUCUCGGAAGAGACCGCGGGCAGCAGUCAGUCCGAGCAGUUCGUGCCGCAGAGAUGGCAUUCAGGGUCUUUCGUGGCCACUACGCUCUCCUACAACCUGUCAUGCCAGGCCUCACUUUACACCUUUAUGAGCUUCUACAGAGAGCGACUGUAAGCUCGAUGCAGGUCGCAGUGCCGAAAGCCAGACUAUUCUACGAUUCGAGAUGGCUCCAAGGACCUGAAAGAUUUCUCUCAUCUGAGUGGUGCCAGCUUCACUACACUUUUCAGAGCAAACAAAACUGGCUCAAUAAUUUCGAACUCAUGGUCUGGACAGCGACCAUGUCGUACUCCAAGAAAUAUGACCCACAGGUUGUCCAGGCGCUGUUAGCGCUUGGCAGUUCCCCUUCCGUUACCUCUGCGCCUUUGCCACCCAAAACUCAGUUUGACCUGGCAAAGGGACAUGAUGUUCAAAUUCAAGAACUCGAGAGUCUAGCGGGCACUUGGGUCACUGCUUUCGAACGCUCUCCAGAAGUUCACUUGACCCCGCUAGCGUAUGAACAGCACAGAGCUACCCUAAAGAGGCGCAGGCAAGUAUAUCAUGAUAAUAAAUCCCAGGCGAUUGCAGACUUCAGACAGUAUCUCAGCUCACAAUGGCCUUGCGAGGCUCCGGCAACACCGACUCCGGUUCAGACCAAAAUUUGCACCUAUAUCAACGUCGGGGAGGUGAUGAGCUCAGUAAGACCUAAAUGGAAGCAAUGGUAUGAGAACUUACAGUUCGAGAGAUACCUCGAUACACUGGUUUUGCGCCUAGACCUGUUGCCGGUUGCAGUUGUCGAUGCCGUCGGGGCUGCCCCUGGAAUACCGCCAAGCCAUCCAGGAAGACGGGCAUCAGGAUUCGUUUCCAUAACGGACCUGUUCUCUGGACCUGCUCCGCGAUUUGAUCCAAUAUCAGCCUUGAGCCUAGAUGGCUUAAUUCAUACAACGACGAAAGACAGUGAUGCAAGCAACAACUUGGCUAAGAUUGUCGAAACUCUUGAUUCAAAAGUGAAAUUGGAGUUCGAACAUCGCUACCUGGGUGAAUUGCGAGACAGCAUCUCCAGUUUACACGGCCACGGGGAUACCAGGCUCAACGAAAAACAAUGUGCGAGAUGUGGACCCAUAUUUGAACAAUAUCUUAUGAAUUGCGAAAGUCGGGUAGCAGAUAUGUACAGAUUGCUUGUAAGCAUGACUUUACAGUCUACCAAGCGCGUUUCGAACGUCGAAGUACCUAGAACAGUGCAGUCUAUCCUCGAACGGUCAGGCUUCUUGCCCAGGGUUGCACCAGUCUUAUUCCUUCAGCAACUAAAAUCUUCGCAAUGGGUUUUCUUACCUAAGAAAUGGAGAUGCGCUAUAGUUAGCUACGGACUUGCCAUCACCGCUGCCCAGCAAGCUCGACGGCUCGUACGAUUUCAGUCCAGUCCAGUGGAUCUUCUCCGCGAACUCAAAAACGUCGGCAACAAGACUUGGGACCCACAAAGUUAUCCAGACUGGCUAUUGCUUGAAUGUGAAAGCGAGAUUAUGAUACGAGAUACCCAGCAACGAAUUGCCCGACAGAUGAUCGACCCUCCAGGCCAUCAGAAUGCCGUCAUGCAGCUGAAUAUGGGUGAAGGAAAGUCUACCGUCAUCGUCCCAAUAGUCGCUACCGCUCUAGCCGAUGGCUCCAAGCUAGUACGAGUGAUUGUGGCAAAGCCACAAGCAAAGCAGAUGCAUGAAAUGCUAGUUUCGAAACUUUCUGGUUUGCUGAACCGCCCGGUCUAUCUAAUGCCCUUCUCCCGAGAUAUCCGCAUGGACGCUUACCGAGCACAAGUAAUUCGCCAAUUGAUGGAACACUGCAUGAAGGAUGGCGGUGUUUUAAUGGUGCAGCCUGAACAACUCCUGUCGUUUCAGCUGAUGGAACUGGAAUGCCAACUAAACGAUAACAAAGAAGCUGCUGAGGAGCUUGGGGAAACUCGACUAUUCCUAGACCAUUUGUCGAGGGACAUUGUCGAUGAGAGUGACGAGAACUUCAGUGUCAAAUUUGAGCUGAUCUACACAAUUGGCCAACAGCGGCCAAUUGAACAUAGCCCCGACCGCUGGAUUAUUAUUGAAACGUUCUGGCUCUACUUGCUAAGCUUGGACGCGACGUCAAAGGGGAAUUUGUGCAAUCGCUAG